CCCCACGUCAUCCCCAUCAAUCCUCCAUCCUCGAGACCUUGCACCACUUACUCUCCCUCACAGUGAUUGCCACAACCUCACCUCACUUCCUCCCCCACAACCUACAACCCACAACCCACAACCCACCGCCCACCAUGCAGACUGCCCAGCAGUCGUGGGAACUCGAAAACGCCAUCCACCUAAUCGACCCCCAGCGCGACGCCCUCUACGCCUACGAUGAAGAAACGCACAAAACCCUCUCCGCGACGCGCCCGUGGUCCAAAGACCCACACUACUUCAAAAGCGUGCGAAUCUCCGCCGUGGCACUGCUCAAAAUGGUGAUGCACGCGCGCUCCGGCGGGUCGCUAGAGAUCAUGGGCCUGAUGCAAGGCUACAUCCUCCCGGAAACCUUCGUGGUGACCGACGCGUACCGACUGCCGGUGGAAGGGACCGAGACACGGGUGAACGCGCAAGACGAAGCGAACGAGUACAUGGUGUCGUAUCUACAAUCGUGUCGGGACUCCGGGCGGAUGGAGAACGCGGUGGGCUGGUAUCAUAGUCACCCUGGGUACGGGUGCUGGCUGUCCGGGAUAGAUGUGAUGACGCAGGAUAUGCAGCAGCUGGGGGGGCCGUUUGUGGCGCUGGUGGUGGAUCCGGAGCGGACGAUUUCGGCGGGGAAGGUCGAUGUCGGUGCCUUUAGGACGUUUCCGAAGGGGUAUACGGCGCCGAAGGGGGAGGGGGGGCGGGCUGUGCCGCUGAGCAAGGCGGAGGAUUUCGGGGCGCACGCAUCGCAUUACUAUUCGCUCGAGGUGGAGGUGUUUAAGAGUGUGUUGGAUUCGGAGAUUCUGGCCCUGCUCUGGAAUAAGUACUGGGUGGCCACGCUGAGUCAGAGCCCGUUGUUUGCGACGAGGGAUUUCGGGAGCAAGCAGAUGGUGGAUUUGAGUCAGAAGGUCAGGCGCGCCGCCAGGGGCAUUGAGAGUAAUGCGUCGCGUGGGAAUUUGGCGCAGACGAAGGAUCAGCAGCUCGAGCGGGUGGCGAGGGAUGGGCAGCGGAUUGUGGCGGAGGAGGUCAAGGGGCUGUUGGCGGCGGAGGUCAAGAUGAAGCUGUUUCAGGGUAUCGGGGAGGAGAACCAGGCGGAGAUAUGAGAUGGGGCUCGAGGGAUGAUGCAACCAUGCAAGCAGGCUAGCUACGAAUGAUGAGAUGACCUAUUAUCCUCCCUCCCUGGCGGGCGUUCUGUUCCGUACGUAGAUCAGGCG